CAUUUUCCCACAACACCCUGCUCCUGCUCUCACAGAUGACGAAAAUGGCGGACAACGCAUCAUCGGUCGAGAUUGUUGAGGGCUGUCGCCUCCCCGUUCUUCGUAAAAACCAAGAACACGAGGACGAAUGGCCAUUGGCUGAAAUCCUAAGUGUGAAGGAAGUCUCUUCGAGAAAGCUUUACUAUGUUCACUAUAUUGACUUCAACAAGCGCCUGGAUGAGUGGGUCACGGGGGACAGGCUGGACAUGAAGAAGCUCCAGUUCCCUAAGAAAGAAGCUAAAACACCAACCAAGAAUGGUCUUUCAGGCUCCCGUCCCAGUUCUCCAGAGAGAGACGUGAGGAAGAGUCUAGAUCUCAACGCACAGUCUGCCACAGCUCCUUCCAGAGGCAAAACCCUCCCCACGCCGCUAUCGGGUCAUGCCGAACUGCAUGGGAAUCCAGAAAUAAACAACCAUGAUAUAAAAAAGGAAGAUGCCGAUCCGGUGGUGCAGAUCACGUCUGGAAGUGGUUUAGCACACAGUGUAUCCAAAUGUUUGUCGGGUGUAUGCACUGGACUCGUCAAGCCACAUUUCAACUUCAAAUCUUUCAAGAAGAGGAAAGUGGAGGCCGUCCCCUUGGCGACUCAGGUACCCCCGGCCACCGCCGUGCCCUCCCUGCCAAGUUCAACUGAAGCCUCUCAGGCCUCUGUUUUUCCCGCUGUGAGGGAGCCCAACACGUUUAAGUCCCGCGAAGACCAUGAGCCGAUCUCCUCGCUCACAACGAACGGCACUGCCCGGCGACUCAUCCCCUCGCAGCCCGGGAGGAAGAGAAAAGCUAACUGUGGGGGAACUGAUGAGAUGAUAAAGGUUUUGCAGUAUAACAACCCUCAAAGUGCCAGCGUCUUUCUACCACCACCAGAGGAUUCCCAAGACAGUUCCGACGGCAUCCCGUCUGCACCCCGCAUGACGGGCAGUCUGGUGUCCGACCGCAGCCACGACGACAUCGUCACCCGGAUGAAAAACAUCGAGUGUAUAGAGUUAGGACGUCACAGACUGAAGCCCUGGUACUUCUCGCCGUACCCACAGGAACUCACCGCUUUGCCCAUCCUCUACCUCUGUGAAUUCUGUCUCAAGUACCUCAAAAGCCUGAAGUGUCUCCAGAGGCAUUUGACAAAAUGUAAUCUAAGACAUCCUCCGGGCAACGAGAUCUACCGCAAAGGCACCAUCUCCUUUUUUGAGAUUGACGGCAGGAAAAACAAAACUUAUUCCCAGAACCUGUGUUUACUUGCAAAGUGUUUCCUGGACCACAAAACCUUGUAUUACGACACAGACCCUUUCCUCUUCUAUGUAAUGACAGAGUAUGACUCCAAAGGCUUCCACAUAGUGGGCUACUUCUCUAAGGAAAAGGAGUCGACUGAAGAUUAUAACGUAGCCUGCAUCCUGACGUUGCCUCCCUACCAGCGGAGAGGCUACGGCAAACUGCUCAUUGAGUUCAGUUACGAGCUGUCCAAGGUAGAAGGGAAGACGGGGACGCCUGAGAAGCCACUUUCUGACCUCGGUCUUUUGUCCUAUCGGUCCUACUGGUCCCAGACCAUCUUGGAAAUUCUCAUGGACCUUAAACCCGACAAUGGAGAAAGGCCGCAGAUUACAAUCAAUGAGAUCAGUGAGAUCACGAGUGUAAAGAAAGAAGACGUCAUUUCAACGCUUCAGUACCUAAACCUCAUCAACUAUUACAAGGGCCAGUACAUCCUGACUCUCUCAGAGGACAUUGUGGACGGUCACGAAAGAGCGAUGCAGAAGAGACACUUGCGCAUAGAUCCAAAAUGCCUUCACUUCACACCUAAGGACUGGAGCAAGAGGGGCAAGUGGUAGAGCCCCGGCCAGGUUCACUGAACACCCCCCCACCCAAACCGCCAGAUAGCAGACUUGAAGCAAACCGUGGAUCAGAUCGAGGUUUUUGUCCAGGUUCCUCUCGUAGAACCUCAAAACCUUUUUGAACCCAGGACUCUUUUUCAGACGAGACACAAUGAACAUAAAUUGUCACUUUGAGAUGCAAAAACUUUUAUUGUGAAUAUUUCUUGUAUAUUGUGAAUUUAAAAAGCUCUCAAACUUGGAGACAAAAAAAGAGACUGGUUAACCGUGACGCCGCCAAAAUAUACACCACACCUUCUACUGUGUAAAAGAUCCCGCUCAUGACCGACAGUGCGUUUGUUUAAUAGUGUACAUUUAAGCUUACAAUGGCAAACUUACAGACCACCUAAUGGAGACAUCAUUGUUUUACAGUUCUUCAGUGAAUCACUUCCUCUGUUCAUGAGUCCACAUUGUGUAAAAACCACAAACGGGGAUUUGUUUUCCUUAAAUUCAACAAGGAAAGGUGGUUUUGUUCUAAGUGUGUGGUUUUUGUCUACAUCCUUUGUAUCAGACACUUGAAGUGCCGUCAAAAUGUUGUCUAAAUUAUUCAUGUACCCCCAAAAAUGUCAAAUUCCAUGUGUGACACUUUCCAACAUCAUGGCUGUAGUCAUACAAGUCACGUUUCAGAAACCUCAGUCGAUGACAACAGUACACGACUCAUAGCGCUCCUUAAACAACGGGACGGCACUCCACGAUCUCGUCUUCACGCUCCACUUUGAGUUCACCUUUUUGUACAAAGUGCAGAAUUCAAAACGUCUCUCAAACACCUCUUCCUGAACACGCAAGUUUGAAUUGUUAUGAAAUACAAUACCUACUGAUAUACAAGUUACACUUAUUAACAGAGAAAUGUAUUGUGAGAAGGUAAAAUAAAACCAAUUUUAGGAUCUGUUUUGGCAGCACAAAAACAAAAAUUCUAAUCCUCAUCUCUGCGCACAGAUAGUAACUUUCAGUUUAUUGUGAUUCUCCUCCAGUGCCUGAAUUUUCUUUUCUUUUUUUUGUUAUCUUUCAACGAACAGCGAGGACAGAAAUGUUCUAGUAAUAUGGCUCACCUGUAAAAAAAAAACAACAAAGAAACACGUAUUUAAAUAAACAGCUUUAAUGCAGACAAACAUUACAAAGCUAGACAUCCAGAUCUACCGUUAUAAUGUUGCUUAAGAGCCAAUUCAGGUUUGUUAUCUUUUACAGCAAGUCAGCUUUUAUUUCCCCGUUUUAAAUAGUUGGAAGUAUUUAUGCUCUUUGUGAUCAUUCAGGUGAUUCUUCCUUUUUUUUUUUUUAAAUAUAGUUCAGUGUCAUAAUCAUGGGUUUGCAAUGAGACAAAUCAUUUCCCUAUGUUAAUACCUAUGUUCCCCGUUACUGUACAUACUGGACCUGAUUGUGUAAAAAAGAGAAACCGCUUAAAGACAGAAGCCAUGUUGAACUGUUAGAGGAAUGUAAAUUUUAUGUACAGUUGUCUUUCAUGUCUUUUUUACUUAAUGUAAACUAACUGGCUGCACAAUAUCAACAGGAAAAGACAUAAAAAUGGUAUCUUACUUUCA